AUGAUUGGCGAGCGAAUAAAUAGCGUUGUAGUAAACGGUAGUUCGAGGCCCCAACUCAAAUCUCCAACAUAUAGUUUCAAAGUUGUUAGCGACGCGGUAUUGUUUAAGGAAGAACAGCUUAAGGGGCUCCACAGGGGCGUCUACUAUCCUGUCAACAUAGGGGAUAUUUUCGCGUCAAAUUACCAAGUAGUAGGCAAACUUAGUUUCGGUGUUACUCAUCAUAUCUACACAACCUUGAAAGUUUUCACGAGAGAGGGAGUGGACGAGGAUGAGUACAACAUGUAUAAUAUCUUAAGUAAGGGCAAUGCUUCGCAUCUAGGAUACAAUCACGUCGAAACAGCUCUCGACUUAUUUACCAUUUCCCGAAAAGUGUUCCUCGCACUCGAUUACCUUCACACAGAAACUAAGAUUAUACAUAUAGACAUAAAAGCCGAUAACAUCCUUAUAGAAAUCGAGGAUCAGGACAUCUUGAAAGCCUUUGUUGACGCCGAGAUGACAUCUCCCUCGCCUCGAAAAGUCGUAGACGGCAUGCUAGUCUACGUGACACGCCAGUCUGGAUUGCUGAAAGAGUAUGGUUGUGUUUUCCCUGGAGACUUCGGCUCUGCAGUCCGUGGCGAUAAACUUCAGAUCCAUGGCGCGCAAUCAGAUAUUUGGGACCUAUAUGAGGAUAAACACCUCUUUUAUGGCAUCGAUCUAACUGAGAAGCAAUACCUGACCAGAGCUCAUCUUGCGGAAUUAGUCGCGAUGCUCGGUCCGCCGCCGAUGGAUAUGUUAGAAAGAGGAACGCGGAGUAAAGAACUCUUCGAUUGUGAAGGCUUGACGUUAGAGACGUUAGAAGAGAAUCUCGAUGGAGAGAAGAAAGAAGAAUUCUUGCAGUUUAUGAGGUGCAUGUUGCAGUGGAAGCCUGAGGAUCGGUGGACUGCGAGGGAGUUGCUUGGGUAUCCUUGGUUGAGAGGGAACUUGUAAGUCAGUUUGAGCAAGUAUCGAAUGGCUC